AUGUCUCGCGAAAUAAAGAUCUUGGGCCUGACUAUAGACGAUAAGCUGACCUUUAACACCCACGUCGCCAACGUCUGUAGGGAAGGCCCUAAACAUGCGAAGCAACUCCAACGAGCUGCAAAAAUAAGCUGGGGACUGCACCCCGACGUCAUCCGCACAAUCUACACGGCAACAGUGGAGCCCGUCAUCCUUUACGCUGCGGCCGCAUGGUCGCCCGCCGCUCAAAAAAUUUGUGUCCGCAAGCUACUAAACACCGUCCAGCGGGGCUUCGCAGAGAUCUGCAAAUCUUACCGCACCGUCUCCCUAAACUCGGCCCUACUACUCGCCGGGUUACUACCUUUGGACCUACGCGUCAAGGAAGCAGCCGGCCUAUAUGGGCUCGCAAAGGGUCAACCCGGGCUACUAGCCCUGAACAGCGGAGCGGAGAGCUGCGGCAUUUAUAGUGACUCACGGGCGGCCUUGCAGACUGUAACCAAUCCCGGGUCUAUGCACUCCCUCGCAAUCGAGGCGCGCCGAAACCUCAGCGUGGCCUUGACCCUUGGCAAAGCUGUGACCUUGUUCUGGAUCAAGGCCCACGCCGGCAUCGAUGGCAACGAGCGCGCCGACGAGCUAGCAAAAGAAGCAGCACUCUCGAGCCGGAGGAAGCCUGACUAUGACCGGUGCCCGGUCUCAUUCGUCAGGAGUGAACUUCGUGGAGACUCUCUUGACGAAUGGAACCGGAGAUACAAAACGGGCGAGACGGCCUCCGUCACGAGAGUGUUCUUCCCGGACGCGAGGGAGGCAUAUCGCCUGGUGCGAAAAAUACAACCACAGGGAAUCUUAACUAACAUCUUUACAGGCCAUGGGGGGUUCUCCCAAUACCUGCACCGCUUCAAGUGUCGGGAGAGCCCGUCAUGCGUCUGCGACCCUGCGGUUGAGGAAUCCAUUCAGCACAUUCUAUUUCCAGUGCCCUAUAUUCGAGAGAACGUUUUGACCUCGCCCAAAGACUCGAGACAGAUGUGGCAGCCAAAUCUCAUGGACUUCCUCCGCCUGGGGAGAGGCGGAGUGUGUGGGACUCACCGGCUAAAACCCCCUGUGUCCUCCUUACACGUGGGCGGGCCGCGGGAUCAAAUUCUUCCGGCCCCACUGGUGCUGGCCCGCCUUGCGGGCCUCGCCUCAGGCACGGGGGUGAGGUGUUAA